AGAGAGCUGGCCAGCCUUUCUCUCGCCUGCUCUAUGAUAAUCAGUCCAGAGUUCACCUGCCGUUAUCUCUGGUUCAUCCUCUCUUACUGCCGAGCUAUUCACCUCCUUUCAUUUCCUUCUCUGCCAGAAGUGUGUGUCUCAGGAGAUCCGUUCCUUGGAGGCAAGAGUGAGGCUGAUUGUGGAAUCGCUGAGCAAGGGUCUGAUUGAGAUGUCAUAUGGAGUAGCCGCCUGCUCUGAGGUGACAGGAAAUCACACAAUCCAUGGCAUUUAGCGCUCAACACUGGACGCUUUAACAGGAGAUGGAUGGAAAGCCCAGCAACUAAGAAAUCAGGAGUGUGUUGACUUCAAUGGAGGUGUCUGAUCCCUCAGCUCAUCCCAGGUGGAGCUGAUUGCCAGGACUGGAGUGGCUUGAUUCACAUGCAGCACCUUGGAAGCAGCUUGAAUUCGCCUAUGAAAAUGAUCAUUUGCUGGAUAUGUUUUAAAGGGGAAUGUUAGUUCACAAAGUAGACAUGAAUGUAUGUAUUAUAUGCGUGUAUUUAUUCAUGUAAAUCACAUCCACCGUUGAUAUUGGUAGAUUUUUACCAUCAACCUUUAAAGGGAUGUUAUUGGAAUUUAGUAUGCUGUAAACUGCUGUUGACCACAGUAUGAGUAAUGCUUCCCAUUGGUAUUAUCAGUAGUUUUAUGACCGACUUGAGAAUAUUAGACCCAACCAAAUGCCAACAGUGGCAGUAUGACUGGAAAACAUCUCCAUAACUGAAGGCAGGAUGUUGCUGUUGAACUUUACGGGUUCAGAGGAUCUACUGGGGAACAGCAGCAACACUGGGCUGGGCAAUGUGGAGCAGGUCCUCGUCCCCAUUCUAGAUGGACUGAUUCUGGUGCUGGGAGUUGGCGGGCACACCGUGGUGAUAAUGAUUCUGUGUGGAAGGCGGAGAAAUGGAAGGAGACAUCUUGGACAGUCCCCUCAAAGCUCCAUGACAGGCACAGGAACUGACAUCCUCCUGCUGGCGCUGAGCGCUGCGGACCUGCUUUUGCUCUCCAUGCUUCCCUUCCACACCGCUGCUAUAGCCAUGCAGCGAUGGCCGUUCGGAGACUUCAUGUGUCGUCUGGUGAGCUUCUUGGGAUCGGCCUGCUCUUCAGCCAGCGCCUUCACCCUGGCCGUGCUGGCUGCGUCUCGAUAUCUGACCGUGGUGCGGCCUGCCAGAGCUUUCAGCCUGCUCUCCUCUCGCCGUGUGUCGAUAGCUGCGGUGCUCCUCUGGGUGCCGGCCUGCUGCCUGGCUAUUCCACAGCUGGUUUUCCGCUUUGUGGGAACCCAACGCCGAACCCCUGAUAGCCUCGCUUGCUUUGCUUUCAUUUACCACAGAGACCAGCUGAUCUAUGGAUUGUUUCACUUCCUUGUGGCCUUCUUGCUACCACUGGUCACAAUUGCGGUGGCAUACGGCAGCAUCUACAUGUUCCUGUUGGGGAGGCAGCACGCCGGCAGGGCUCCCCAAGUGGAGCGUUACCAGAGCAAAGUGACCAAGACGUCGGCCAUGUUGGUGCUGGCUUUUACCCUGUGUUGGCUGCCGUCCUACGGACUGACACUGGCCUUAUUGGUGGAUGAAAGCUCAGGGGCCACUGGUGCCUCUCCGCGCUACGGCCCCUUCAGUGUAUUUGCGCGCCUCAUGGCGACCUCCUCUACUGUGAUCAACCCCAUCCUAUAUGUACUGAUGUCCCAAAAGUUCAGACAAGACCUACUGAGGCUCUUCAAGAGGGGAGGGCAAGGAGCCAGUGUUGCUAUUGCUUUGGCAGCUGCCUGACAGUGUGACCAUCAACAACGAGCUUGAUACACCUGGACAUCUGACACAUAAACAUUGGGCAAAACCUGAUAGGAAUCAUUGUAAAACAAUUAUAAACUGGGCAGCUUUGCUAAAGACUCACCUGAAAAAAUUGACACAAUCAUUACACUGAUGAGAAAAGUCGACUUAACAAGGUAACCUCCACCAUCUUUGCCUCCAGACAACAUUCCCUGGUUGUCUAAACAUUGUACAAUAAGAUCAAACCAGUCGCUCUGGGAGUUGCUGCUCCACGGGGACAGAGGGACAAACAAUCCUGAAUCAUGUUUUCCUUGUAAAACUGUUUCAAGUAAAGGCACAUUGGUAAAACAUUAAUGGUGCACCUGUGUUUUGUUGUGCUGAGAUAAGGUCAUCUGUGAAUCUGUCGGCCUGUUUA